AUGGCUAUCUUCGACUCAGAGAAGCGCCCUCGCGGCCUUCGCGUGCCCUCUCUCGCAGCUCUGAAGUCUUCAGCAACGGCGAAAUCGCAAUUCUCUUUCCAAAAGAAGUCCGACUCUGUGCCGUCCGACGAGUCAAUCGCGCCUAAACCAGCAGCCUUCCCUGCCCCUCCACCACCAAAGCCGGCUCCUCCGCCGGACAAGGAACUCCCACUUCCCCCGAAAGAGAACACUCCAGCACCGCAGGCCUCAUCCAACAACCCAUACUUCCCUCCGAUCCCCUCCGGAAAUGCAGUCCCAGAACGACGCCCAAUUCAACGCGUCCCCGUCCCAACGCAGUCUCCUCCCCCUCGGAUGACAGGCAUGCGAAGCAAGAAAUCACAGCCCGAUUUCCACGCGCCCCAACAACAGCCAACUCCAGUGACAAACUCUCCCCCGCCUCAAGUCCCGACACUAGUUCAGCCUCCAGCCCCAGCUCCGGCUCCGACUCCAGUUCCCGCUCCAGCCGACGAGGCCCAGUCCCCCCAACUGGAAGACUUCAUCCCGACCCCAGACAGCGCCGAACCGCCACUAGCAGUGCCAGAACUGCCACGCGAGGAGCUGGCCCCCUCGCCCUUCGUUCCACCGGAGGUUGAACCUGUGGCGCCGAAGUUGAACGAGAUCCACCUUACAUGCUACCAGCAGCACCGCACCAUGCCCGUAGCGCAGAAUACGUGGUGUCCGAUGCCGUGCAUGACCUGCCAGAAAUUUGACAUUGAGAUCCGGCACCGCUGUGUGUUCUGCUGCCUGCGCAUCUGCGAGUCGUGCUACCAGACCCUGCAGAAAUGCAAGAAUCGUUCGGUCGAGGAGCUGGUUGAUCGAAUCGUCUGA